CAUUCACGUUAUGACACAAUACUUACCGCCAAACCUCUUAGCCCUCUUCGCGCCUCGAGAGCCCAUCCCUUUCCUACCGCCGGCGCAGAAGUUACCGCACGAGAAGAAGACUCGCGGAUAUUCAGGCGUCGGACCCUUUCUGCAGAACUUCGAGGACCCGAAGGACACACCACUGCCCGUCCGGCUGGAGACUCGUGAGGAGCGGAUUGAGCGGAAGCGUCGGGAACGGGCGGAACAGGCGGCCUAUAAGCUGGAGCAGGGAAUCGCUCUUUGGGACCCUGCUUCAUCCACCACAGCGACCACUGAUCCCUAUAAGACACUAUUCAUCGCACGAAUCAAUUACGACACCACUGAAGCCAAACUGAGGCGUGAGUUCGAGGCUUACGGACCCAUUAAGAAGAUCGGCUUAUGUAACGACAAGGUUAGCGGCAAACCUCGUGGUUAUGCGUUCAUAGAUUUUAAUUGUGUUUUGAGCGCGAGUUCUGCUCUGAAAGCAAUGAAUUUUGAGAUAGGUAGUUCUGACUUCUGUAUGACAGCUGCCUAUAAACACGGAGACGGCAAGAAGAUUGACGGCCGCAGGGUUUUGGUCGAUGUCGAGAGGGGUCGCACUGUCAAGGGUUGGCUCCCCCGCAGACUCGGCGGCGGUCUGGGCGGCACUCGUAAGGGAGCGCCCGAUGAGAAUGUAAGGCAUUCGGGACGGGAUGACGGAAGGAGUGAAGAACGGGAUCGCUAUGAGAAGGAAUCGCGCCGUCAUUCUAGAGAUAGAGGGGAGAGACCCGAGAAGAGGAGGAGUCGAAGCAAAGAGAGAGAUCGCGAGCGAAGGGAUGAGAAACGCAGACGAAGUCGUAGUCCUAAAGAGAAGGAAAGAGAAAGAGGAGAGAGAGGGGAAAGGGAUAGAGAUAGGGCUGAGAGGACUGACAGGACUGAGAGGGCAGACAGGCCUGAGAGGACAGACAGGCCUGAGAGGGCAGACAGACCUGAGAGGGCAGACAGACCUGAGAGGGCAGACAGGCCUGAGAAGACAGACAGAGACCGACGUAGUCGUAGAGAAGGUUAUGAGAGUCAUCGGCGUUCGGAGCGCUCAAAGAGCUCUAGAGAUACG